AAUAUCCGAGGCACGCCGGCUCGCCACAGUCUCGUCUACGUCUAAAUAACAAUAUAAUAUCAUUACACGGCGGUCCGUUUUCGUUUUCUUCUCGCUUUCGAUUUCACUCCGAUUCGGCCCGUCGUAAUAUUUAUACAAAAACACAGCGCACAUUCGCGGCCGUUCUCCCGCGACGUUUAUUUCACUCGGCCGUUCGAGCGAUCCGUCACCGAGGUUCGCCAUGCGCUCGGUGCCCGCCGACUGCCGAAAACACAGACACUGACGUUAUCGUGCUGCGGGUACAGACGUUUAGGCCGCUAAACGAGCGCAAUCAUGGACUCGGGAUUAGCCCGAUUCGCCGUGCUCAUAGUGUUGUUCUUCCUGUUGACCGGCGACUUGGCCGGCAUGGUCAAGCACAUGUUCGAAGAAUCCGGAUACGGUGGAAAACAGCAACAGCAGCAGCAGCAGAGGAGCCGACAACAGUCUCCGGCAACAAAGUCGGCGAGAGGAGGUGACGUGCGACCCGCAAAAGCGACAACGGCUAAGGGACUCGACGGCAUCGACUCGAGUUCGGACGAAGAUCCAGACAUGGAAGCGUUUGCCAAAUCGUACUCGGCCCGAAUGAAAUUGGUCAACACCAUCAAGGAAUCGUGUUUGCCGAAACUCAUUUGCGAGCUGACGGCGUCCACGAACCGAGACUCGCUCACCGAAUCCGAGAGAUACCUGUUGUCGCUCAUUAGAGAAACGACCAUUUCCACAACGGCCGAAGUGACGUCCAAGUAUCAUUUCGCCGCGCACAUGGGCCAACUCAUCAACGGCAUCGACAACACGGGAUGUCACAACUUCUAUCCCGGAUGUCCGUUUCCCGGACUGCAGGUGAUGCAAAUGAUGAAGAAAGUGAAGAUCUUGUAAAAAAAUAUAUAUAAAUAUAUUUGACGCCGACGCAGCGUCCACAGUCUAGUCCUUAAACCGAUGCAUCGUAAUAAUAAUAUUGUUAUAAAAUCAUGUUAUAACUUUAACCACUACACGUCGCAAUAAAACGUAAGCAGCUGGAGAUGUUCACGCACGCCCAGCUAUAACUUUUAACUCGUUCGUUGGAUGAAAAUAAGAAAAACGAGUUUUCGCCCUCGCGAUUUCGGCUUCACACACUUAAGUUACGUGCACGCCAUCGUCUAAGUCGUGAGGAAUAGAAUAUCGGCCACCGUCGACUGACCGCGAGUAGAAAAUAACAAUAUGGUUUUUUCUCAGUAUAAUAAUAUUAUUUUACAUCUAUUACAACCGAUUAUUAUAAAUAUAUAUUAUUAAAACAUUACAACAGUUAUAAUUAUAUGUGCAUCGAAUAAGGUAUUAAUAAGUUACCUCAAUGGAGCCUAUAAGUAUGAUAAUAUUGUAAACUGUAGGCAGUACAUCAGUUACCUAUAAUAUAUUUAUGUAUUUAACUUAAUAUUUGUAAUGAUAUGCUCGAUUCUACAUAUCAUGAUUUUUGUAAAGUCGUUAUUUUCAUUUAAUAAAAUAUAUAACGGUCGAGUUGUCGCACGCAUGUAAUAAAAUCUAAAAUAACCCCAAUAAAUCAAGUCACUGGUGAUUGGAACGAUUCCUAUUAUCUAGUCCCGUACAGGACACUGUACGGGAUUAUAACGGUACAGCGCAACACAUGCAACUUCUUUCAUGUGCCGCCGGAGACGGGGGAUGGUCCGGUCAGGGUCGCUUUCACCAGGGAAAAAGACAAUUUUCUUUGGGGACACCGACACCUUUGAUCGGGCCGCCGAUGACUCUGGCGGACCUGGCCUAAAUCGUCUCCUCUCAUCAGUGCAUGAGCACCCUCCAUAGCGAGAAGUGCAUGAGCACAUACAAAACAUAUGAGUGCAUGAGCACCACCCAGACAGACAAGUGCAGGAGCACAGCUGAAUUACUCGCAACCACUCAAAGGACAUUGCCUGCGACAACUUUGCUGUUUCUUUUUCAUAUAACGAAA